AUGGACAUGAAUAUAGAAGUUGAAGGACUCAAGAGCAAGAACACACCUUCCCUUAUCGGAUCUUCCUUAAGAGACUCCUCAGACCAAAUACCUACUCUGAAGUCCUUUAAUUCAGACUCAACGAAAGCAUCUUUUGUCAAGUCUGAGUCAGCUUCAGAGCUAGUUCCUGUUGAUGAGAUUGCCAAAGAGGGUGGUCUCACUACGGACCAAGAAGAGCAAGAGCUGAAUGACGUGUUGGAUAGAGAGGGACACGUGAAGAAGAACUUGAUCCCGGAUGCGGUGAUGUCAGAGGAGUUGAAGUCAAAUGUGUCUACCACAUCGCUCACUCCUGCUGAAUUGAAAGACUUAAAUGUCGAAGAGGAAAGGAUUGAUGAUGGAAACAAGGAAACUAUUUUGGGUGGUGAUGCAGAUAAGUAUCUAGCUCCUGCCGGUGGUACCUCAAGCGACUACAAAUAUCCCCUGAAGAAGAAGAAGGGAAAAGAUUUGACUCAAUUAGAAGACUCAAAUCUUUUCAUUGAGCCCGACAAAAUGCGCAGUGUUGAUGACAUCAUUAACGUGGUAAAUAAGGGUAACUUUGAAAAAGCAAGUACCUUGAUCGAUGGAAAUGUUGUAAAAUCAAUUUGCCCGAGCACCAAGAGCUUGUCUCUUGAAGAAGUGAAGGAAGUUGAAGAUCCGCCGGUUCCAGAUAGUGCAAUUGAAGUCGACUCUGAAUUCACGCCUCCAGCGGCGAUGAGAGAAGGUUCCGAAUCCAGAUUGUUGGAGGAGCAAAGAUCAAGAUCUCUCUCAAGGCAUAGACACUCAUCAUCGCGAUCGAAUGAUCAUGGUGACAGGCCUAAUCUCGCAAGAGGGGAGUCGAUUCACAGUGGUUUAAACGGUGACCUUUCAAUCACUAGUACUUACGACAAAAGCUCACACUCUCUGGUCUCCGAAAGAAGACCAAGGCAUGAUCCAUCUGGCCCCCGUAUCCCGAAUUCUUCAUCUUUGAACUACCUUCGUUCUAUCUCUAGAUCACGUUCUAGGAUGGCAAACGACCGUAAGGCUUUGGGCGAGGAGCAACUUGACAGCAACGAUUUGAGAGAAAGUGGUGCUUUGAUUAAUGACGAUUCCAUGUCUAACAGAUCUGAUAUAGAGUAUGCUGUCAACAAGGCGUUGGAUUUUGUCGAAGACACGCAUUCAGUGAAAGGUGGCAAAAGACUUUCGGAUGGUGGUGACAUUGUUAAGAACUUGCAACAAGGUUUGGCUGAAGUAGCUGAAGAGGAACAAGCGAGCAAUCGCAAAAAUCUAAGCUCGAAUGAUUUAUUGGACCAGUUGGCAACCUCAGCAAUGGAACUAAUGCUUGAAGAUGAUGAAGAGGAAGAGGCUACAAAAAGUGAAAAAUCAGGCAGAGCCGACGGGGCUAAUGACAAGGAGAGGGGAACGGCCUUGACUGAUUCUAAUACUGAUGAACCUGCAAGUGGGAAAACUAUAGUAGAAGAUGAAAAAUGUCAGGGAGACCAGGUAGAGAACGGUGAUAAGUUGACCUCUGAAUUGAAAAUUGAAGACGGAAUUUCUGAAAAUGAGAAGGAUGAGAACGAGGUGAAAGAAUCUAAUAAUGAUGUUCCGGAUAUCGUUGAAAAUAAAACUAACCUCUCUGAAGAAAACGGUUCAGGAGUUGGAGCGACAGAAGUGAAAUAUUCAAAUGAAGCUGAAAUAGACGGCAAGAUAGAUGCAAAAGUUUCAGAGCAGGAGGCUGAGAAGGAAACUGAGAUUCCUAAGCAUACAGGAGAAGGCGAAGGAGAAGAAAAACUUAUUCAAAGUAAUGUGAAAGGAACAAGUAGUAGUUACAGCGAGGAUACUUCAGGAGCUAUAAAGACAGAAAAAAAAGAUACAGAAUCUGUUGAAAAUAAUGAGGUUCUUGGAAAACCAGAGAACUCCGAAUGGCCAAAUCCACAAAAGAUUAGUACAGGGCAAAAACAACUAGCAGAUACUGAGGUGGAAGCUGAUGGGGUUGAAAACCCCGUUGAAUUAAACGAGUCUUUGAGCGUGAAUGAUGAUUUUUCUAAUGCAGGCAGUGAGGAGAUAAAAAAAGUAGUUGGUGAAAAAGAGGAGAUGAAUUUGAUUGAAGAGACAACAAAUGAUGGUGAAGUUGGAUCUACAGAAGCUGGUAAGGUAAAUCUGGAAAGUAGCAAAAGCCCUUCUGUGGCUGAAAAUACGGAGGUGGCAACAGAACCAAGCCAUGCUCCAACCGCUGAAAUUGUGCAUAGUCACAUAAAUGAUGCUGAUGACACAGACGCUAUAAUUGCAGCAGCUAUGAGAGAAAAGGCUAUGAAAGAGUCAUACAAUCCUUUGGGUAAAGAUGGUUCUGUUUUUGUUCCAAAAGUAGAAAAGAUGACUUUUGAAGAUGAGCCUGUCUUUUUGUAUACUUCCUUCGCUGGUGGAUUUCAAGUUACUACACGCACCAAUCGGUUGAUCACAAUUCUCACUGCAAAUCGGGUCAAAUUUGAAUAUCGUGAUUUGGGCACGGAUGAAGAAGCAAAGAAGGUCUGGAGACGUCACUCGGCUGGUAAAACUCUACCAGGUAUUGUGAGAGGUAAGGACGAUUUCAUUGGAAACUGGCAAGAUAUUGAAGAAGCUAAUGAAGACUACAGAGUGAGGUCUAUGAUUUACGAAACAUAUUGA